AUGCUCAAAACACCACCCCUACAAACGGCGACAGCGACCAUUGACACGCUUUGUGGCCGCCUCCAGUCUGCCACUCUCCUAGAGGACCGACGAGCAGCCAUACUCGGUCUCCGCAGCUUCGCAAAGCAAUACCCAGCAUCCGUGGCUUCAGGAUCCCUCCGCGAGCUCAUCUCGACCCUUCGACGCGAUGGCUUGGGGGAGAAGGGCGGCAGCAAGGAUGACAAUGGCAGACGAAGCGAUGAGGGCACCGGCGACGUUGACACCAUUCGCCUGGUGCUCGAAACGCUGCUCAUGCUCUUCAACCCGGACGCGACGAGCCCAGAGGCUGGGGAUGAGAUAGCCUUCUACAUGGCGGACGAGUUCUCAAUGCGCCAAGACAACAUUACCCUACUCCUGAACCUGCUCGACCCUACCAGUCCCUAUGCCGACUACUACUCCCGCCUCUACAGCGUACAGCUUCUGUCAGCCAUAUGCGUGUCCAGACCUGACAGACUGCAAGAAUGUAUCUUGUCCGCGCCCCUCGGCGUGUCGAGACUAGUGGGUGUGUUGGACGAUGCAAGAGAUGCCGUACGCAACGCGGGUCUACUAUUACUCGUCGAUUUGACAAGCGGCGCCAACGAGGACCUGCGGAAGAUUGUCGCCUUCGAGGACGUGUUUGGCAAAGUGUUUGCGCUCAUACAGUUGGAGGGUGGACUUGCUGAAGCUGGAAUCACUGCACAGGACUGUCUGAGCUUGUUGGCAAACCUGGUCAAGGGAUCAGCGAGCAACCAGACCAUGUUCCGAGAGUCUGGCUGUGUUGCUCAGCUUGCGCAGUUGCUCCAACAAGCUUUCCCACCCUCUCAGCACGAAGCCGCGUUCAUCGCGCAGAACCGGCAAAAGUCUGCAUUUGGCCUGCUUCAAUUGUUCAGGCUGUUUCUGAUUGCUGGAGAGUCGAGCACACCGCAGAACCAGGCUUCUUUCUUCCGGGCUGGCACGGCUCAGACACUCAUUGAUCUCGGAUUUGAACCGCACUUGCCAGUCCCAAUCAGAACGGCAGCGCUGAAGGCUGCUGCAGAGCUCAUCGCCAGCAAUGCACCUCUGCAGGAAGCCUUCGCAGCUCUUACGGUCAUCGCGCCUGCCGAUACAGCACCGUCGUCGAUGUCCUCAUCACAGCAUCUGAACGGAUCACGAUCAGCUGGCCCUUCAAACAAGGGCAGCGCUCGGCCCAGCGCAGAGAAGGCCAGAACUUAUAUCAUCGAAGCCUUGCUCGACACGACACUGGACCAACCUCAGGCGGACUACAUCCUUCGAAGCGCCACCUGCGAUCUCAUUCAAGCUUACCUUAUCCAGCAUGACCGGAUACGUGCGCACUUUCUCCAACGUGCGAUCUCAGGCCAUGCCGAGCAAGAAGAUGCCGCAAACGUCUUGACCACUCUGUCACAGCCUGGAGGAGACGCAACCGGUAUAUCGUUCGCAUCAUGGAUUGUGCAGGACCUUAUAGCCGACAAUGUCGAGGCCAAGGCUAUGCUUGCCGCCGUGAAGGAGGGCACUGAGAGCGAAGGCGAGGAUGUCCUGUCUUUCAUUCAAGCACUUGGCUCCGAGCUGGAAGCGGCAUUGCAGCAAGCUGUCGACGUCAGAACGAUUGCCGCGUACGCAAGUCUGCUGGUGGUCUUCCUGUGGGAGUUUGCAGCCGGUGUCGAUGAUGUGCUUGGCGAAGGCUCAAGUCUAAUGCAGGCUCUCGCUACCACGACCAAGACUGGUACUGCUGACUCGCUUGUCCUGGGACUUAGCGCAACAUUGCUAGCCACUGUGUAUGAAUUUAGUACGAAGGAUAGUCCUAUCCCAAGACGAACGCUGGCGCCACUGCUCACCCAGAAGCUUGGCCGAACGAAGUACUUGGAAGCGCUCGUCGACUUACGCAAGCAGCCAGCGGUGCGAGAUUUUGACCUCAUGGAAGCAGGAGACCCGGACACCAUGCUAUGCCAGUCAUUCGUCGAGCUCUUCUCAGUUGAGUAUUCGCGCCUGAGGAAGGCUAUCGACAAAGAUCCUGGCAUUGAAGUGCUGCCUUCGUCUGCUGUGGCAGCUGGCGUUGACCGAGAUGUCCUUGACGAUCUGCGACAACAGCUUCAGACCUCCCGAGACGCUCUGACACAAGCGCAAGAGCAGUUAGUCGAGCUAGGGCAGAAGCACGAGCAGGAGCAGAUGUCUGUUGCGAAGGAGCUGCAGACAGCGACCGCGGAAGUGGAUCGCUUACGACGCAUCAACCAGGCCAUGCAGCAAGGGCACGAGUCUGAGCUGGAGAAACUUGCCCAGCAGCAUGAUCAGCAACGGCAAGGAUUAAGCGCUGAACAUCAGCGAGCGUUGGCCUCCGUACAGCAAGAGACGCAGCGGCAAGUACAGGCCUCUGUGAGGCAGACCGAGGACGGAUUCAAGGCGAGAAUCCAAGAGUUCGAGCGACGAGUAGCAGAAAUGGGCAAUGCCCACCGCACAGAACAGAGCGGUCACGCCAAUACUCGACAGCAGCUCGAGUCGCUCACAGCUGCCCACACUGAGCUUACGUCUCGCGAGAAGAAUGCCAGCGCGCAACUCGCGGAUAUUAGUCAGAAGCAUGCUCGCUUGGAGAAGGAGCAUGCGGGCUUGCAGGCUUCGGUCACCGAGGCUGCAGGCCAGCUCGACCGCAUGAGGCAAGAAACUGAACAGCGCACGUCCGAACUCGACCGCCUGACUAGUCAGGUCAAAGAACUGCAGGAAGAGCUCAAGGGCAAGGAAGAGGAACUCGCAACCGAGCGCGCAGGCUUCGCCGAACUGGAGAAGGAACUUGAGGCUGCUAAGAGCGCCGCCGCUUCUGUAGACACUGCAAAGACUGAUGACGGCCAGACUGAAAAGCUCGAGAGUCUGGAGAAGCAAGUUGCUGAGGCGAAAGAAGGCGAGAAGGCGGCUAAAGAGGAGUUAGAGAGUAUGUUGCUCGUGAUGGGGGAUAUUGAGACGAAGAGGGAUGAGUAUCGGGUGAAAUUGAAGGAGAUGGGUGGGGAGGUGACUGAUGACGAGGAGGAUGAGGAUGAGGAGGAAGGUGAUGACGAAGAGGACGAGGAGGAUGAGGAGGACGGAGAUGUAGACUAG